UGAAGACCAAGAAUCUGGGCGACGGAGUCGAUACGCCGCUCUCGGAGAAGCGUCGACUACUGUGGAAAUUGAUCGGUACAUCGGCGGCAAGUCGGCCGGGGGCAGAGAUAUGAGCGGGGACGAGAACUCCUCCGACGAGUCUAUGAUCGGCCGCGACGAGUACGAGGCGGAGCGGCAGGACAGCGCUAAUGAGCGAGCCGUCAUCAGCGCCUAGGUGGAGGACCUGAAGGCCGAAAUGGCGGCGAGGUUCGCGGAGGUGCUGGCAGCCGUGCGUGAUCGGGGCGGCGGGGCCGCCGCGGGUGGCGCUGCCGGACCUGCACCAGCGCCCGGGUAUGGGGGCGCGCGUGCAGCUGCCGGCGUGGCGCCGGCGCCCAUGUAUGGGGGCCCGAGCGCGGGUUACGGGCUCCACCGCGUGGAGUCGAGUCCCGGGUUGCUGCAGGGCGCUGGUCGGUAUGGCAGUGGGGGGGGCUUAGGCUUCACUCCCGCGAUUUCGUCCCCGUUUGGAGCGGGAGGCCUUUACAUCGACUCCGGGGGAUACGGGAUGGGAACGGGGAUGUCGCACGCCCAGCGGCGGGUGGAAAAGGUGAUCUCGGACCAGCGGGUGAACGCUUGGAGCUCGGUGAACAGCCGCAUGUGGUGGGUGGUGAUGGGAUGUUUUCCGCCGAAGUUAGAGAAGCCGAGCCUGCAAGGGUUAAUGCAUGAUAGUAUUGAGGUCACGGACGAGGUAGUCGGCAUGCUCUUGAACUUCCGUGGCUUUGACCCUGCUGCAUUCGCGCCCCGGGGGGCGGGUGGCGAACGUUUCCCCAUCGCAACGCAUUUCGGCCUCAUGGCGGGGGCUUUUAUCACCAUCGCCCGCCGGGGGAUCGCCGACGAACCGAGGUUGGCGGCGGCAUCGAAAGCGCAAGUGGAUCGUGUCGAAGCCUCGUUCCAGGCGGCCAUCGCCGUGGAGUGGCACGCUCGGGAGAAUUACGCGGCCAUCCAAGUGCCGCACAACCACGACAUCCUUUUGACGUUCAUCGUCAAAGAUAUGGAAUUGUACACGCGCGACGUACAGAUGUUUGCGGACGAGAUGCCGCGGCGCUUCGUUCUCCCUCCGCCAUCGGACGCUCUCCCGACCCUCCCCCUCCCGGCUUUCCCAAACCUCGCGGCGUAUCUCCGGUCGGGAGGGCUGAUCAAUUCUGCUGUGCAAAGCAAGGCCGGCCGUUCGUCGGCCGCCGCAGCGGGUGCCGGGGGGAAGGGCAGCAAGGCCAAGGACCAGGGGCCGUGCUACCAGUUCCAGAGAGACGGCAGCCCCUCCACCGUCGCCGACACCAACGCCCCUGCGGCCGCCGCCCCAGCGAAGCGGGCCAAGGUGGGAAUGGCCGGGACGAAGACUCGCAGCAGUGCGAAGGGCGGUGCCGGCGGCGGCGCGAAGGACGAUGAUGAGGAAUAG